AUGUCGUGUAUGACAGCCGCAUGUACGGACUGGGGAAGCGUGCCUGGGGCUGGGGAGCGGGUGGGAAGCCAUGAGCCUGGCGAGGACCCGUCCGUCACCCUCUUCCGGGCGUACCUGAGACUCAGGACGGUCCAGCCUGAGCCUGACUAUGAUGCGGCCGUGCAGUUCCUGGAGCAGAUGGCAGGCGAGCUCGGCCUGGGGUGUCAGAAAGUGGAGGUGUGCCCAGGCCGGGUGGUCACCAUCCUGACCUGGCCGGGCACGGCCCCGCAGCUCCGCUCCAUCCUGCUCAACUCCCACACGGAUGUGGUGCCGCGCCCACGCCCCACAGGAGCCCUUCUGUGUCGUUCAGCGCUGGUGUCUUCCCUGCAGGAGCACUGGGCCCACGACCCCUUCGAAGCCUUUAAGGACUCUCAGGGGAACAUCUACGCCCGCGGGGCCCAGGAUAUGAAGUGUGUCUCCAUCCAGUACAUUGAGGCCAUUCGGAGGCUGCAGGCCGAGGGGAAGCGCUUCCCCCGCACGGUUCACAUGACGUUUGUGCCCGGUAAGCGGCUAGCGGGUCGCCAGAGCCACAGAGUGAUCACCUCCCUGCUGCAGUUCCGAGAGAGCGAGAAGCAGAGGUAAGAGGCAGCCCCCCGGGAAACCUGCCGCUCUUGUUUGGCCCCAGGGAGAAUGAGCGUCCUAGCUCAUGGGUUAAGGACGCACCCGUGGGCCUGGGACUCAAGACUCCUGGCUUCUCUCCUCAGCACCUUGGGAGAGCCGCCCCUCCCCCCCCGGUUUAUGCCCCCUACUGAUUUGCCCCCUUUCCUGCAGGCAUUUGAGGAGCAACUCGCAGCCUGGUGCCGGGCUGCUGGAGAGGGUGUCACCUACGAGUUCCACCAGAAAUACAUGGAUCAGACGGUGACCAGCACGGAGGAGUCGGACCCGUGGUGGAAGGCUUUCAGCGGGGCCUGCCGAGACAUGUGAGUAG